AUGAAAGCUCGUCCAUUUAUAGCAGUUUCUGGGUGUUUUCUAAUGUAUGUUGGUCUUGGGACACCUUAUCUGUUUGGAAAUAUCACUCCUUAUUUGACAUCUUAUCUCAGAAAAAGAGUUGACAAUAGCACAACAUAUGAAAAGACUUCCUGGAUUAUCUACACAAAUGAAUCUAUAGUGGCAUUAAUAUUCAUCGGAGUUUGGCUAGCUGAGCGGAUUGGACAAAAGCCUACUAUCGUAAUUGGUACUGUUGUUUUCAGUUUUGGAAUAUCUGGAACUUACUGGGCUAUACAACACAGCCUGGAAGCUACGAUUGCUCUCUUUGGUGUGAUUUCUAAUGUUGGUUAUCUCUGUUUGUAUGGCUUACCACUACCUGUAGCUAUGGAGUGGUUUCCCAACAAUAAGGCCCUCGUUGCAGUAAUAGUAUCUUCAGGGGCUGCUUUCACUCCAGUUCUAAUGAAUAACUUGCAUGCAUUCUUUAUGAACCCUAAUAACCUUCAACCAGAUACUGAUGGGUAUUUCUACGACUCUGAAAUUUUGGAUCGAGUCCCUAAUUUUUUUCUGCUACUGGGAGCUGUGCAAGGAGGUAUUAUAUUUAUUGGACUACUUCUGUACCAGGAACCUCCAUCAGAGACAUCCGAG